AUGGCCGUCACGGCCCCUCUGGCGGCCGGUCAUGACGACUAUUGCCGCGGCUACUCCGCCGACGUGGACACCAUUCGGGAGCAGGAGUAUCCAUUGCUAAACGCAACAACCUAUCUCGACCAUGCCGGGACAACACCAUAUGCCAAGUCUCUUAUCGAGUCCUUCUCUCGUGACAUGACAUCCAAUCUAUUUGGCAAACCCCAUUCAAUGUCUCUAUCCUCACAGCUAUCAACGCAGCGAACAGAUGACAUUCGACUCCGCAUGCUCCGCUUCUUCAACGCGGACCCAGAAGAGUUCGACCUGGUCUUUGUGGCGAACGCAACGGCAGCUAUCAAAUUGGUCGCUGACUCGCUCCGGGACUCUGACCCCCGCGGCUUCUGGUAUGGCUACCAUAUCGACGCCCAUACCAGUAUUGUGGGAGUGCGCGAACUGGCCGACCUGGGCCACCAGUGCUUCCAAAGCGAUGCAGAUGUCGAGAAAUGGAUCUCGGAGCUGUCUGCCGAUCAGACCAAGGCGCCUAAACUGUUCGCUUACCCAGCCCAGUCGAACAUGAAUGGUCGACGCUUGCCUCUAAGCUGGGGCAAGCAGGUUCGCUCUGCGGCCAAAAAUGGCACAGGAAAUGUAUUUACAUUACUUGAUGCUGCUUCGCUCGUGUCGACUGCCCCGCUUGAUUUGGGAACUGCUGCACCAGAUUUCACGGCUCUCAGCUUCUAUAAGAUUUUUGGAUUCCCCGAUCUGGGCGCAUUGAUUGUUCGCAAAAGUGCGGCACGGGUAUUCGAGCGCCGGCGAUUCUUCGGCGGCGGCACUGUCGACAUGGUCAUUGCAUCGGGUGUGCAGUGGCAUGCUAAAAAGGAAGCAUCCAUCCAUGAACGGCUCGAAGAUGGCACUCUUCCUUUCCACAGUAUCAUUGCUCUCGACUCUGCCCUCAAAAUCCAGAAGAAAUUGUAUGGUUCCAUGACAAAUAUCUCGGCGCAUACUGGAUUCCUUGCGAAGCAGCUCUAUGAUCGACUUUGCUCAUUGAAGCACUGUAACAACACGAAAGUGUGCCAUAUAUACCAGUCCGCAUCGGCCUAUGGCGAUCCUACCACCCAGGGCCCAAUUAUUGCCUUUAAUAUGCGGAACAGUCGCGGCGAGUGGAUUGGCAAGACGGAGGUCGAGAAACUCGCCCUAGUGCAAAAUAUUCAAAUACGCACGGGAUCGGUCUGCAACCCUGGAGGAACCUCUUUGUGUCUUGGGUGGACUGGCCCUGAAUUACGUCGAAAUUAUUCUUCGGGAUUGCGCUGUGGUGAUGACAAUGAUGUCCUCAACGGCCGGCCAACGGGCAUUCUGCGUGUCAGUCUGGGUGCAAUGACCAACAUGAAGGAUCUCGACUCUCUCAUGGCCUUCAUCGAGGAGUUCUAUGUGGAGAAAAUACCUCCUCUCGUGACACUGGAUCCUCCAUUGGGCGAGAAUGGUCUUCCGGCGUCCCACUUUUAUAUUGAGAGCCUCAUGGUGUAUCCGAUCAAGAGCUGUGGUGCAUUUAAGAUCCCAGAAGGAAAACGCUGGGAAGUCAAAAAGGAGGGGCUCGCAUGGGAUCGCGAAUGGUGUCUCAUCCAUCAGGGCACCGGCGCCGCCUUGAGCCAGAAAAAAUACCCGCGCAUGGCGUUGAUUCGUCCGUACCUUGAUCUCGACCGUGGCGCCCUUUCCAUCACUUGUGGCACUAUAGUUGCUGAUCAAGUAAGCCUGGAGAUCUCUCUGGGUUGGGAAGAUACAAGCCUCGUGUCAACGUCAAUGUGCAUGAGCUCUACCAAGAAAUCGACCACGGUGUGCGGCGACCAAAUACCCCUACAUGCCUACUCUUCACCAGUAGUCUCGGCCUUUUUCUCCGACUUCCUCGGCGUCCCUUGCACGCUCGCAAGAUUCUCCUCACAGACCGCAAACCGGUACUCACGACCACCACGUAUUGCCGGUUGGAGGAACCGAUUCCGCAAAUCCACCAUGCCCGGCUCCUUCCCACCGGACCUACCACCUCCAGUGCGGGACCAAGGCACGCCACUCCAACUGGCGAAUGAAAUGCCCAUCCUAGUCGUCUCACGAUCCUCCGUCAACCGCCUCAACGAGACCAUCAAGGCCAAUACCAAGCACGGCGCAGGCGUCAGCAAGGCCGUUGCUGCAGAUGUGUUCCGCGGCAACAUCGUCGUCGCGGAACGGCUUGCUCAGCUUGGUGAUACUGAGCAGCCUUAUUCCGAGGACCGCUGGUCCCAUUUUCAUAUUGGGCCGGAGAAGCUUCGCUUUGAUGCUCUUGACGCAUGCGAGCGCUGCCAGAUGAUUUGUAUUGACCAAUUUACCGGUGUUCGUCGUAGCGAACCCUUGUCUACGCUUGCGAAGACGCGGAAUAUCAAUGGGAGAAUCUCGUUUGGGCGGUAUGCUGCGCUUUCAGAAGAGGGAAUGGAGGCGUUUGAGUCCGAAGCACCGGACCGCCGGACGGUCAUGGUGGGGGAUUUGGUGGUGCCGACAAAUGAUGACCAUUGA